GUCUACUGAGAUAGUUUCGAUUUAGGUUCAACCACGUUUUUUGUCAUUAAAAUUAGGAACAAAAUUGAACUUAUCGAGCACAUGAUAUAGUUAACUAGUCUCCUCCAAAACAUGCAGGGCAACAUGGCAGACAAAUUAACCGAAGAGCAGAUAUCAGAGUUUAAGGAGGUGUUCACCAUGUUCCAGAAAGAUGGGGACGGCACUAUUCUUUCCUCCGACCUAGGUGACGCAAUGAGAGCUUUGUACCAGCAUCCUACAGAGUCCCAGUUAUCAGAAGUCGUUCAGGAGGUCGAGAAUGGACAUGGUGGUAAAGUUGAUUUUCCAGAAUUCAUCGAAAUACUAGUGAAAAAUAUGUCAGAAACUGAUGCCGAGGAAGAGUUAUUAGAAGCGUUCAAGAUUCUCGACCCUGAGGGAUUCGGGUACGUAAACAGUGCUGAGAUGAGAAACGUUCUGACGACUCUUGGAGAGAAACUUAGUGAUGACGACUUGGAUGAUAUGAUCAAAGAGGGAGAUUCAAACGAUGACGGUAGAAUAGAUUUCGAGAUGCUUGCAAGAAUAAUGACUGCCCGAUAGAAGACGACCAAUUUGCACAAACAACAAAAACCCCCUAAAUCUCCUUUCAACAUAGCGUCAAGAUCGGAAUUAUUUUAAUCAGGGACUGUGACCUUGUUUUCGGCAAUUGUUAAUGGACAGAAACAUCAAUAAGAAUACCCUGCAAAUCUAGUAUUACUGAAGAUAACCAGGCCAAGAGUUCAAACGAACUCACAGCGAGAAGAAAAUGAUGAUCAAUUAUUUGUCGACCUUGGUGAUACCGUGUAAAAUAUUAAAUUAAGAGUAUUGAUUGUGGCAGUGGCUGUCAGACACGCCUCUUUUGAUGAACGCCAUGAUAUUUUCAUGUAUAUCAAGAUCAUUGAGUUCUACUUUUUUCUGAUCGGUCAUCCAUGUUCACUGUUCAGUCAUCAGUCAUCAGUGUUGAGUAUCUUCAUCUUGAAAACGUUU